ACACACGGAGCCAGGAGCUGCAGACUUGUUGGGUUUCUUUUGCUUUGUGCUGGACCCAGAAAUGACUUGUGGACUUGGUUUGGGGCUCUUMGUGAUAUUCUUAAUUCAAGCAGAGCGUGGAUGUUGUUUGUGGACAAAAGUUCAGAGCUUCCAGAACAGCAACACAUAUGUUGGCUUCCCACCAGCAGAGAGCAGACUGAAGUCUGGCAGAUAUCCCCAGGAUCAAGUCAGACAAGGCUUCAUUUCUCCACAUCUGGUCCAGAGUAUUGGCUCCAACCCUGGUCCUGCAGUUCACACUGGUUCUGGUCCAGGACUCUCCACCAGGAGCUCAGCACAUGUUUCCCAGCCAGCUCAGAGUUCAGUCAGAUUGGUGCAGAGCAGGCCAAAGUCUUUUUCACCCAGGGCUAAAGGUCCAAAAGCAGCGAAGCAGUCCUCUGACCUCUCUACUGGUGGAUCUUCAGUGAGUCUACUCCAACAGAACCCCUCUGAGAUCAGCAGGAGAUGCUGGCCUGUUCAGGAAUCGAGGCGUGGCAGCUCUCGACCUCUUCAUGGUCUUAAAGAAGGCUUCUCCUUCAGACCAGCUUCUCAGGCUGCAGCAAAAGAAUCUUCUGGUAAAAUCUCUUGGUCCUCCAGCAAGACUGGCUCCUCGGCUGUCCUGUUUGGCCCAGUUGCUCCUGGACCACCUGGACGCUCUGUACGAAUGCGAACAUAUGCUCGAGGCCCUGCAAAAAGGGUGUCUAGUCGUAGGUCAAAAGAAUCUAAAGCCAGAAGCCUUUCACCACCUCCGACCCAGGCUUGGAAACUCCCUGGAAGUUCUCCAGAAGGUUCCAGGCCCAUAAGUCUGCAGUCUUUGAAAACCCAUAAUCUGGCUGUUCCCAGGAGCAGCAGUGUGGGAGCUGCUCAGGGUUUGGUUACGGUUCAUCAGAUCCCUGAACACUUCGGUGGUUUUGCCAUCAGACGACUGAAAGAACCUGCUGUUCAGUAGCAGCAGAUCACACAACUGGUGCCCCCAGAUCCACGUGUUCCAGGGUCCAAAUGGCCUGGUGGGAUUAAGCUAUAGCUAGUGAGUAUCUAGUUUCUAUGUUCAGAUUAUUUAUUCCUGGUCUCAUUUUUUUUGUCUUCUCUCUAACAGGUGCAGCAUUAAGUUAAAUAAAGUUUAUACGUUUAUUAUUCCUGCCUUGUGUUUGUAAACUUAAGACUUAAAGGUUUAAAUCUUAACAUUUUAGGCAGUUUGUUAAGCAAAUUAAACUUUUUUUUUGGGGGGGUUAUUUUUAUAUAUUUUUCUGGGGUCACCAUAUUUGGGUCCCACCUGACCAGGACUGAAAUCCAGAGCAAACUCUGAAACAAAAUUUAUCUCUUGCUAAAUAAAAAAAAAUCAUUUGGAUCAAAAUUUUAAAUCCAACAUUUGACUAAACCAGACUCGUGUUUAAAGUUCUACUGCAGGUGUUUAACUUGUAUCAAUGUCUUGGUAAGUUGUGUUUUUUCUAAAGCUGACUGAGACUACAUCAGCUCAAAUGUUCCUGACCAGACCUGAUGGUACCUUCACUCCACCCAAUGUGGACUGGUCUAGACUGCAGGCCAGUCUAACCCCUGCACACUGAAGUGAUGGUGACAUCAAGCUUAACUGGUCCCCACAAACUGGUGUUUGAAAGUACACAAAUGUAAACCAGAUUAUGGAUUGCUUUGAGACUAUUUGACCAUAGUGUAAAUAUGAUCUUGAUCUGUCUUUGAAAGCUGACGUGACUCUUGAAUAAACGGAUAACCCUGAGCCCA